AUGCCAGCUGGUUCAUUGACCCCGCCAGAUAAGGUCAGUGGUGAGACGGUUCACAUGGCAACAUCCCGUCCUCUCAGCAUCAGUACCCUCACUAAUACAAUCAAGACCCCACCAAGUCCCAUGCCUACUCCAUCCCCUCCCAUUAACAGGAUUUCAGGGGACAUAGAUCACCCUUUUUCUCGCAGUCAAUAUCAAGACCAAAGAUUAACAAAAGAAGCAAUGAGGAAAUACCUUCGAGAUCCAGGUAACCAAGUGUUAGUCAUCCUACAUGCCAAAGUAGCACAAAAAUCAUACGGAAAUGAAAAGAGGUUUUUUUGUCCGCCUCCUUGUAUAUAUUUGCUUAAUAAUGGUUGGAAACGGAAAAAGGACCAGUUGGAACGAGAUGGAGCCACAGAACAAGAAUCACUGGUGUGUGCAUUUAUGGGUAUAGGGAACUCUGACCAGGACAUGGUUCAGUUGAAUUUAGAAGGAAAGAAUUAUUGUGCUGCCAAAACCUUGUAUAUAUCUGAUUCUGAUAAGAGAAAGCAUUUUAUGUUGUCUGUAAAAAUGUUCUAUGGAAAUGGUCAGGAUAUUGGUGUAUUUAACAGCAAACGGAUAAAAGUGAUAUCAAAACCUUCCAAAAAGAAGCAGUCUCUCAAGAAUGCUGACUUGUGUAUUGCAUCUGGUACAAAAGUCGCCCUCUUCAACCGUCUUCGAUCACAAACAGUCAGCACUCGGUAUUUACAUGUCGAAGACGGAAAUUUCCAUGCUAGUUCAACUCAGUGGGGAGCAUUUACUAUCCAUCUAUUGGAUGACAAUGAAAGUGAAUCUGAAGAAUUUACUGUAAGAGAUGGUUACAUACAUUAUGGUUCCACAAUAAAAUUAGUGUGUUCUGUAACAGGAAUGGCUCUUCCGAGAUUGAUAAUUCGCAAAGUUGAUAAGCAAACGUCCCUACUUGAUGCUGACGAUCCUGUUUCCCAACUACAUAAAUGUGCUUUUUACAUGAAAGAUACAGAGAGAAUGUAUCUAUGUCUGUCUCAGGAGAGAAUUAUUCAGUUUCAGGCCACGCCUUGUCCAAAAGAACCCAAUAAGGAAAUGAUAAAUGAUGGUGCCUCUUGGACAAUCAUAAGUACAGACAAAGCUGAAUACACAUUUUUUGAAGGCAUGGGUCCUGUGAAAUCACCUGUAACACCUGUGCCAGUUGUUAGUAGUUUACAUUUGAAUGGUGGGGGAGAUGUGGCAAUGUUGGAGUUGACUGGUGAGAAUUUCACUCCAAGUUUAAAGGUGUGGUUUGGUGAUGUAGAAGCAGAAACUAUGUACAGAUGUGAAGAAAGUAUGCUUUGUGUUGUGCCUGACAUCUCUGCAUUCCGUGCAGGUUGGAGAUGGGUACGUCAGCCAUUACAGGUUCCAGUCACACUAGUGAGAAAUGAUGGUAUCAUAUAUGCAACUGGACUAACUUUCACAUACACGCCCGAACCAGGACCUCGCCAACAUUGUAGUGCUGUUGAGAGAGUCCUGCGUGCCAAUCCUGAUCCAACACCAGCUGUACCCUACACCAGCCCAAUGUAA